AUGAAGAUACUUGAUGUAAAGAAGGAUACAACUCCUGAGUAUAGUUGGUGGUGGGAAAGAAGGAUCAACGAUAACAUCCCCGUGUCAAGCCAGGAAGACGCUCGCCCAAUAGAGGAGUAUCUACAAGUAGUUCCGUCAGAAUUAGAGAUAGUCAAACUGGACUUUGAUAAAAGAAGUUCGGAGCUGGGAAAGAAAUUUGAGCAGCUAGAAGAGGAAAAGAUGCGUUUGGGACUAGAUGUCGAUAUCCACAAGUUGAAAGCCGAAAAAUUAAGGAAAUGGGAGAACAAGGCUGAAGAGGACUUGGAUAGUCUAAGAGCGGAUUAUAAGAAGUUACAGUUGUCGAUAAGAACUGCUGGUCUGGGUAAAACAUCAGAGCAAUGGCGGCAGGAGAUCAAGGAAGAAAGGACCAAGGCUGAUCAGUGGGAAAAGAAAUUUCAAGAUGCCCGAGCUAGAGAGAGCGCUUUGGAGAAAAGCUUGUUAGAAUGUCGGAAUGAAGAAGCAAGAUUAAAGGACCGGGUAGUAGAGUUAGAAAAGUCACUUCACCUGUACCGUAGCCGCAACUCUAUGAUCGAGUUGAAAGCAAGUUUAAGUAAGAUAGAAGAAUUAAUGGGAAAGAUAGAAGAGCUCGAAAACGCAUUGCAAAAUUCUGAAUUACAAGUGGAGCUUCUUGAGAGGCGUAACGAACAGUGCCAGGAGCAGCUCCAUCAUUCCCAAAAUCAGAUUAGAGAUAGGGAUUACAUUAUGGGUGAAGCUGUAACUCAAGUGCAGGAGGUAGCUGAUCAUCUGCAAAUCUUAGUAGUUCAGGCCGAUAUAUUGAGUUUAAAAUAUGAGUCAGAAUCAAGCCGAGGUCGAGAGUUAGCUUGGCUCCUUAGGAGUGUUAAGGCUUUAAGUAUAAAGGCGAAGCCGUAUAUGUAG